AUGACGUCUGAUCACAUUGUUUCAACUAUAAUGGAAAACGUAAAUGGAAUCACUAACCCGGCCGAACGUGCCUUAAGGAUUAAGGACGAAGCUAAUCAGUUUUUCAAUGAUCAAGCAUAUGAUGUAGCGAUUAAGCUCUACACCAUCGCAAUUGAACUUGACGACAAACAGCCUUUAUUUUAUGGUAACCGUAGCAUGGCUUAUCUAAAAAAAGAAUUAUAUGGUAGCGCAUUGGAAGAUGCAAACGCAGCGUUAGCAAUUGAUCCGAAAUAUUGGAAAUGUUAUUACAGGAGAGCUACAGCAUACAUGGCCUUAGGAAAAUUAAAGCUUGCUCUGAAAGAUUAUGAUACGGUUCGCAAGGCAUUACCUAGUAAUCAUGAUGCUAAGCGGAAAUAUGAAGAGUGCCAAAAAUUGAUGCGGAGAAUUGCUUUCGAAAAAGCGAUAUCGAUGGAUCACGACAAACGGAGUGUAGGAGAUUCAAUAAAUUUGGAUACUAUUGAGGUAGAAUCUACAUAUGAUGGUCCUAUUUUGGAGGAUGAUAUUUCAAUAGAAUUCAUGAACAAAUUGAUUGAAACAUUCAAAGCACAGAAGAAACUGCACAAAAAAUAUGCCUAUAAGAUUCUUCUUGGGAUCAGACGUAUGUUUGGCCAGUUACCCACUCUUGUAGAAAUCACAGUACCAGCAGGAAAAAAGUUCACUAUUUGUGGCGAUGUUCAUGGCCAAUUUUAUGACCUGUGCAAUAUUUUUGAUUUAAAUGGAUUGCCGUCAGAAACUAAUGCAUACGUGAGUUCUGUGUUAAACUGGCCUCUACUACUUAACGCGAACUGUUUUACAUAUUUUAAAAGACUUUAA